UAAUUUGCACUUUCCUCGCUUUCUCUCUCCGUGCUUCUCUCUCUCUCUUCUAGUCCCUAAAUUCCUAACCCUAGCUUUCUCUCUCUUCUCUUUCUCAUGGACACGGCGCGGGAGGGGAAUCCCUACGACGCCGUAGCGGGGGAAGGAUUCGGCACGGGAGGCAAGUUCCGGAGGCGGCCGUUCCGGCGGACCGCCAAUACCACGCCGUACGACCGCCCCCCGACGGCUCUCAGAAACCCUAGCAUAGUCAACCACAACAACAACGGCAAUGGGUGGCUCUCGCGACUCGUCGAUCCCGCUCAGAGGCUCAUCGCCUCCAGCGCCCACCGUCUAUUCUCCUCCGUCUUCCGCAAGCGCCUCCCUCCGCCGGCGCAGAAGCCGCUGGAGUCGUCUUACACUUCGGAAGCAAACCGGGAAGUAAGGGAUACUGAACAGGAAGCAAGGGAUAAGCACCAUGAAGCAGCUGUCAUAGAUUCUUCUGGACGGCAGCAAGGGGCCAUUGAUCGGGGUGACAAUUCACAUAGUUGUUCUGACAAAGGUGGCGUGACUGAGCUUGAGCAACUUUUAAAGCAGAAGUCAUUUACCAGAUCUGAGAUUGAUCGCUUGACAGCCUUGUUACAUUCAAGAACUGUUGAUAUACAUAUUGGGGAUGAAGACAAAAAGUCUGAAGGUAUUCUACCAGAAGCAUCAGUGUCUCAUGACAGAAGGGAGGAAUUUCAAGCUCCAGCUUCAGAAAAUGGGAUUGGAAGCCACCUCAUUUCAACCCCUCUCAUUAGUUCAAGAGUCCUUGAUGAGGAUGUUGCUUCACCUGCAGAGCUUGCAAAAGCUUACAUGGACUGUAGGCCUUCAAAAGUAUCCCCAUUAAUGCUUGGUAUUCGCAGUCAAGGAUUUGUGGAAGAUCCAAUCGUGAUAAGUCAUCGGCCUUUUCCGCCAAAAUCACCCAUUAUGCCACUUGUGCCGCGGUCUGCUGGUCGUGCUGGGUAUACUGAAAAUGGUUUCAUGACACCAAGAUCUCGAGGCAAAUAUGCAAUAUAUAGCAUGGCUCGAACACCAUAUUCCAGAGUUCAUUCAUCCUCUACCCCAAAGGGUGUUGGGCCCAUUGUUGCUUAUGAUGGGCCUUCAUCGUCAUCUCAGGCUGCAUGGGAGCAGAAUAAACUUUCCGACUCUAAACAAGGGGCUUUAAAACGUAGAAGUUCAGUCUUAGACAAUGAUUUGGGAUCUGUUGGUCCUAUACGUAGAAUUCGUCAUAAACCUAAUCUUCUAUCUUCAAGAGGAUUGAGUUUCCCGGUUUCUGGUAGUCCUGUUUCUAUUCGUGGUACUGGAGUUGGUCCAAGUGCUGCUCAAUACCCUUCCUCUUCAGUGCAAAAGCCAUUUUUAUUUGUUGAAUCUAAUAAGGGAAACUUGACAAGGAUGUCCACAGAAAAUGGGGAUAGCAUGCCGACUACAAGUUUCCCCCCGGUUUCCUCCAAGUCCAGUGAGAUGGCUUCGAAAAUAUUGCAGCAACUUGAAAAGUUGGUUUCGCCAAAAGAGAAAUCAUCUGAGCUCAAGCUAGGUUCUGUGAGGGACAGUUCGCCCACUAAGUUGUCGCCAUCUAUGUUACAUGGAAAGGCUCUUAGAAGCCUGGAGACUGUAGAAUCACCAAAAUUUCUCGAGAAUGGACGAGAUGGUAAUAAGUUGGUUACAUUAUUUGACACGGUUUUACCUGAUGCUCUGGACACCACUUCUCAAAAGCAAAAGAAAGUUGAAGAAAAUGGCCCAUUGAGGCUUGUUGCUCCUGGUGACAGAUCACUUCCUAUGGUAAACAACAUUGAUUAUAAAGCUCCAAAAAAGGACACAUCACCUAGUGGCAAAACUGCAGAUUCUGCAUUGAUGAACUUUGUCACCCAUCCUUCACAAAAGAAACGGGCUUUCCAGAUGAGUGCACAUGAGGAUUAUUUAGAGCUGGAUGAUGACCAUCCUGAUGGAGCUGUACCUACUCCAUUGGUUGAAGAGAGAGAAAGGGUUGAAGUUUCUGUGGCAGAGAGGAAAGCCAAUUCUGCGGAAGCAGCAACACCGGAGAAUCCUCCAUCUCUAUUUGGAUUUAAGCGACCUGCAAGUUCUGUAUUGAACCAAAAAGCAGAUUUGGUAACUUCUGAUGGGCCUGUGGUUGCUGAAAAGAGCACUGGUUUUUCUUUUCCAAAGGCCGCCACUACCAAUAUAGCUGUUCAGCCUGCUACGGCAGUGAGACAGUCAUUGUCAACAUCUGAUAAAUCUGCACCACCAAGGGAAUUAAAUGUUGCACCUAUGUUUAAUUUUGGAGAUAACAUUGCUUCUCCAAAGGAACCAAAUGCUGCUUCUACAGUUGCUAGCUUUUUAUCCAUUUCAAGUGCUGACAAGGUUCCACAGUUUACAUUUGGUUCCUCGUCUUCAGCUGGUGAAUCUGCAAGCCUCCAAUUUGGUGUUCGUUCUGACCCUAAACCGGAAAGCACAAGCAGCUUUUUAACUGUUAGUGCGACUGAUUCUGUACCAAAAAUACCUGAAUUGGGCGGAGCUGAUAAUAAGAACAACUCAAAUGCUGGAAUCACUUCUAGGACACCAGAAACUGUACUUCCAUCUGCUGCAUCAUCACCUACACCUACUGCAAGUAUUGGUGCCAAUAAUUCUAUCUUCAGUAAUGGGUCUUUUGCUUCGAUUCCUCCUUCAUCAGUCUCUUCUACCAUUCCACCUCUUGUUUUUAAUAGUGGUCAGAAUCAAAAUUCAUCGAGUAGCUCUACCCUUGCUGUUACUUCCACUGGCAGCAUCACCUCCACCUCUCCCUUCACCUCCAUUACCGGCAGUAGCAGUCUCUCUGCCUCUGCUGGAGCAGCACCUUUAUUUUCUGCAACACCUAUUUUUAAAUUUGGAUCUACAGUUUCAUCAACUGGAGCAUCACCGGUAGCUGCUACUUCUGGGAAAGAAUCAGAAGCAGGCAAGACUAGGCCAGAUACAAGCUUUAGCAAUCUCAGCAGCAAUCCUUUUGUUGGCACUUCUGCUGCAAAUCCAAGUACAGGAAGUAGCAUUUUUGGAUUUAGUGCUGCAGUCACUUCAACUGCUAAUAAUCAAUCUCAGGGUUCUCUUUUCGGUGCUGGCAGCGGAUCUGUGCUUAGUGCACAGGCAGCCACCGCUGGCUCUGGGGUCUCAACUCUUAGCAACAGCAUGCCCAUGCAAUUCAGUUCAACUUCAUCGUCCCCAUCUUUUGGAUUGGCUGGGAAUACGUCUUUCUCUUCUGGCAGUUCUCCUUUUGCUUCCUCAACUUCUGCUGCUAAACUUUUCAAUUCAGGUGCUGCGUUUGGACUUGGCUCUUCUGAGGCCAACAACAGUAGUACGAUAGGUGGUACUACUUCAAGCUUGUUUGGUUCCAGUUGGCAGUCUUCGAGUUUUAAUUCAACCUCUUCCUCCUCAGCUGGGUUGUCCUUCCCAGCAUCUGCAGCGUCUGUUCCUGCUACUACAUCGCCAUCAACUGGGUUGCUCUUCACAGCAUCUACAGCUGCUGCUGCUACUACUACUACAGCUCCGCAAUCUGUGUUUGCAUUUGCAGCAUCUGCACCUUCUGUUGCUGCUACUAGCAGUUCACCUGGUAUAUUUGGAUCAUCUAUUGGGGCGCCGUCUGGUCCUGCUUACUCGUUCACUUCUUCAGGUAUGGCUGCUCCCUCAUUGCAGCCUGUCUUUGGUAAUAAUAGUCCGGGCUAUGCAUUUAAUUCAGCUGCUUCAGGAAAUAAUGAUCAAAUGAAUAUGGAGGACAGCAUGGCGGAGGAUACGGUUCAAGCAUCCAUGCCUGCAGUUCCAGCAUUUAGUACACAUCCUGUCACACCUCCUCAAUCUAACUUUGUGUUUGGUUCAACACCUACAUCAACACCAAAUCCCUUUACUUUUGUGGGCCAACAGAAUUCAGGCACAGUACCGAACCUAUUUCAGGCCACAAACAGUUUAGGAGGGAGCUUCUCAGUGGGUGCUGGUGGCGGGGACAAGUCUGGUCGAAAGAUCGUCAAAGUUAGUCGCAAGGGACGGAAGAAGUAAAUUUAUCAAUCGUUACAGACAAUUGGUACCCGUGUCAAGGGCUUCAGCUGCAAUUGAUGGAUAAAUAAUGAUAACGGUAAGAGGUCAACAGCAAGAGAUGGCUGUUUCUGUCGGUCGGUCACCAGGAUUUGAUCGGUGCGGACAAAGGUAAAUGACAAGUUUACAUGGUUUCUUGCUCCUUUACUACAAGUUUUCUUGUCUUAAAAGGUUGAGUAAGUUUUUCACAAUUUUGUAUCAGUCUAGCAAAAAUCUGAGGACAUUUGUGCUGUACUAGUUAGUAGUCGUGGUUCAUAGGAUUUGAGGUUGAUGGUGUUAUGUGUACUCUUAUUUGUAACAUAAAUAGAAAAGGGCACGAAUCUGUUUAAGAAAGCAGAUCGCUCACUCUGA